AUUACAAAAUCUUACAACAUAUUGAUACAAGAAUGUUGUUGGUAUUGAUUUGGUUUCUGGGGUUUGCUAAUUAUGUGACAUCAGCUUGUUUGCCUGCUCAAGAAUUGAAUGCCUUGUCGGUGGUAGCAAGGAAAUUGGGGAAGAGGGAUUGGAAUUUCGUUGGCGUAGUUGAUCCAUGCACCAAAGAGCUCCCAUGGUGGGAUGCUAGUGUUAUUGAUGGAAAGGGAGUAAAAUGCAACUCCACCUCACCUGGGAAUGAUACUACCACUUGUCAUAUUACUGAGAUAAUUUUGAAGAAAGAGAAUCUUAAUGGGUCACUUCCAAAGGAGCUGGUUGGACUUCCCUUCCUACAAGUCCUUGACCUUACUCGGAACUACCUGAAUGGCACUCUUCCUCCAGAAUGGGGUUCCAUGGAAUUCCUUCGAAAAAUUUCUGUUCUCGGGAACCGUCUCACCGGUCCAAUUCCACCAGAAUAUGGCAAAAUGACAGCUCUUGAAGAACUGGUUUUGGAGGCUAAUCAGUUUGCAGGAAAUAUACCUGGGGAGUUUGGGGAUCUUCCUCGAUUGAAAAAACUCCAGCUUGCUUCCAACAAUUUCACCGGAGAGUUAUCCCCAAACCUAGCAAAAAUUACCACUUUGGUAGAGUUUCGAAUUAGUGACAACAACUUCACAGGAAGCAUACCAAGUUUUAUCCUGAAAUGGGGAAACAUCACAAGACUGGAGAUUCAGGCUAGUGGUCUUAGUGGACCGAUUCCUUCCAACUUUACUUCUCUAACCAAGUUAAAUGACCUAAGAAUCAGUGACCUCAACGGGAGUCAAUCGAAUUUCCCCAAUCUUGCUAUUUCUACUAGCUGGAAACAAGUGAUAUUAAGGAGUUGCAAUAUUGUGGGGGAACUACCUCCUUAUAUUGCACAACUGGCAAUCAACGAUUCUCUAGAUCUGAGUUUCAAUAAAUUAACAGGGCAGAUUCCUCGAGCUCUUGGUGGUCAAAGUGGAGACAUCUACCUGACUGGGAACUUCCUUAACGGGACGGUGCCACAAUUGAAGGAAGGUAAAGGAAACAUCGAUCUAUCCUACAACAACUUCACAAGUUGCACGGCAAACAGCCUAAAAUUGUCUGGCAACUCAAAUGGACAUACCAAUGGUACUUUCUAUUGUGUAAAUCCGAUGUGCAAGCCAAAUGAUUUCCACUCUUUCUAUAUAAACUGUGGAAGCAAGGAAAAUGUUGGUAAAUAUGAAGCAGAUUACUUUACUGGAAACUUCUACCAAGGUAAAAACUGGGGAUUCAACAGCACUGGCAAGUUUUGGAAUACUGAUAAAUAUGGAAAUAGUAAUCUUCGAGAAGGCCAGUCAAGCAUUUCAGGGCCGGAAUCUAAGCUGUACUCAACAGCACGCCUGUCCCCCCUCUCAUUGACUUAUUAUGGAUUUUGUUUGAGAAAUGGAAACUACACAGUGAAACUCCACUUUGCGGAAAUCAUGUUUACUGACGACAAAACUUACGGAAGCCUUGGAAGGCGUGUUUUUGAUAUUUAUAUUCAGGGAAAUCUGGUUGAAAAGGAUUUCAACAUUGAGAAUGCAGCAGGUGGAGUAAAUAAUCCAAAAACAAUGCCCUAUCAUGCAAUUGUUGGUGAUCACACCUUGGAGAUCCGCUUCUAUUGGGCUGGAAAAGGAACAACUGUUCUUCCUGAGAGAUCUGUAUAUGGUCCUCUCAUUUCAGCCAUAUCUGUCGUACAUGCUACGUAUAAGCCUGGGAGCAUCUCGACAGGAGCUAAAGUUGGUAUUGCGAUGGCAGCUAUUUGCGCACUCGUGUUGCUUGUGGCUGUUAUGAGGUUGAAGGGCUGUUUGGGGGUCAAACACUCGAUGUAUCAUGAUUUGAAGGGACUUGACCUUCGGACGGGGAAAUUUACUCUAAGGCAAAUCAGAGCGGCCACAAACAAUUUUGAUCCUGCAAAUAAGAUUGGCGAAGGUGGAUUUGGUCCUGUUUACAAGGGUGUUCUGUUAGAUAAAACAAUCAUCGCUGUGAAACAACUUUCUUCCAAAUCAAAGCAAGGUAACCGCGAAUUCAUAAACGAAAUAGGCAUGAUUUCCGCCUUACAACAUCCUCAUCUCGUUAAGUUGUAUGGAUGCUGCAUCGAAGGCAACCAGUUGUUGCUUGUCUAUGAGUAUCUGGAAAACAAUAGCCUUGCUCGUGCAUUAUUUGGCCCAGAAGAACACAAAUUGCAUUUGGAUUGGCCAAUGAGGCAAAAGAUCUGCAUUGGGAUAGCAAGAGGAUUGGCUUACCUCCACGAGGAAUCGAGGCUGAAAAUCGUCCAUCGCGAUAUCAAGGCUACUAACGUGCUUCUUGACAAAAACCUAGUCCCUAAAAUAUCUGAUUUUGGGCUUGCUAAGCUGGAUGAAGAAGACAACACCCACAUAAGCACGCGCAUUGCUGGAACUUUUGGAUACAUGGCACCCGAAUAUGCAAUGCGAGGAUAUUUGACUGAUAAAGCCGACGUGUACAGCUUCGGAAUUGUUGUUUUGGAAAUUAUCAGUGGGAGGAGCAACAGUAGCAUCAGGCCUAAGGAGGAUAGCUUUUAUCUUCUUGACUGGGCUAAUUCCUUGAAGGCGAGAGGACACCUGUUGGAGCUAGUCGACCGGAGAUUAGAGUCGAGCUUCAACAAGGAAGAGAUCACUAGAGCUAUCAAUGUGGCGCUCAUAUGCACGAACGUUGUAGCUGCGGAAAGGCCGAGUAUGUCAGCUGUAGUCAGCAUACUCGAGGGGAAAGAUGGCGUUCCAAAGUUUGUUUCUGAGUCGAGCUUUUCAGCUGGUAAGACGAAACCCGAUGAAGUGGAAAUGGGUGCAUUUGAGAGUGAGGUUGUUUCCGCGGAUGCGCCGUGGAGUGGUUCUUCAACUUCUGCUGCUGAUCUCUACCCAGUUGCCCCUGAUACAAACUACUGGGUGAAAAGAGGUUCUUAGAGGUAACUUUUACUGUAAAAUAAAACUAGUAGUACUAUCUUGUUUAGUUUGUGAAAGAAGAUAUAGAAAGUUGCCUAUUUAUUUGUCAUAUUUGCCUGUACAAGUAUUGAAUGGAUGACUUAUACAGUGAUUAAACUGUAGUACUAUGAUAAGUUGCCUA